AUGCUUGGUUCGUCGAUGGUUUCGACCGGGAUGACCCGUCGCAGUGCUGAUUCGGUUUUUGACGCCAAGGCUGCGAGUGCGUCGGCUUCGGAAUUCUCGGAACGGGGGAUCUUUGUCAACUCGAACGUCUUGAAUGCUUUGGCAAGUCUUUGCGUUUGUUUGAGAUACGUCCAUGCGAUCGUCUUUCGUGUCGUAGUCACCGCUGAAUUGUUUAGCGACGAGCUGAGAGUCGCAGAACGCACGAACGUGUUCUGCUCCGACUGCUUCGGCGAGACGAAGUCCGGCAAUAAUCGCUUCGUAUUCGGCUUCGUUGUUGGACGCUGGGAAACCGAGUUUGAUCGAUUGCUCGAGAAUCUCGCCUGUCGGGGAGACGAGGCGGAUGCCGACGCCUGCUCCUUGCCUGGAGGACGAUCCGUCGACAUGCAGUGUCCAUUUGAGGAUUUGCUCGUCCUCUUGAGUUGCGAGCUCUGGUGGGAUUUCUACGAUGAAGUCGGCUAG